AUGAGAGUGAAAAAGCAGAGGAGGCACAGGAAGAUAGUGCGGUUCUACACAGCAUGCUAUGGGUUGAGACAGCCGUACAAGGUGCUAUGUGAUGUGAAUUUUGUGCAUCACCUCGUCGUCAAUCGCAUUACGCCUGCUGACAAGGCCCUCUCUAAUAUCCUGGGUGCCCCUGUCAUGCUUUUCACCACCAAAUGCGCUAUCAGUGAGUUGAAAAAGCAAGAUCUAAGGCAUGUUCCUUCCCAUUCUCAGGCUCUUGAAGCUGCAGAAAGCCUCAUUACUGCAAGGUGCGAUCAUGAGAGAGCCAUGAGUGCUGAUGAUUGCAUCAUGGAUAUUAUUGGGCAGAAUAAUCCCGAGCACUUCUUUGUUGCUACUCAGCAUGCCGAUCUUCGUGAGAAAAUUCUCAAGAUACCAGGUGUCCCUGCUAUUUAUGCUCUGAGAACCGCUCUUUUUCUUGAGUCCCCAUCUGCCGCCCAACGGCAAUUUGUCAAAACUUCUGAAGAACAACGCUUGCAUAUGACUGACUUGGAAUAUAAGAUGUUGACAAAGGGGACAAAUAAUAUGUCGACUUCUCAUCAAGAAAAGGAUCGCUCUGAUGAAGAUGGUUUUGGAGAUCAGAACUUGGAAGUGCAGGCUGUAGCAAAGAAGCACACUGCUAGGAAAGGAUUGGGUGUGAAGGAUAAAGUUCAGUUUAAGAGAAAGAAGGCAAAGGGUCCAAACCCCCUUUCGUGUAAGAAGAAAAAGACUUUGAAAAACCCAGAUCUUCAUUCAGUACAGGAAAGGAAGGAUGGAGAUGCUACUUUGAGGAGUCGUAAGAAGCGGAAUAGGUUGCGGAAAAGCAAAAGGCCUGUCGAGGCAGAUGGCCUCCCCAGAUCCCUCAACUACAGCCUAUGGGACAAGUAUUGGGAUUUUGAGCCCGAUUCCUGGCUUGGUAGCUAUGCGGACCACAAAAUCCCGAAGACCCAUUUGCCCAAAAGCCUUGAACUUCUGCCAUAUCCUAAUAAUGCAUUGAUCAAACAGUAUAUUGUCGAGUACUAUAUUUUGGGGGACUUGAUGAGCUAUAGGGAGCAGAGAACUAGAAUUGCAGCUGACUACGGCUUAAGGAGCCUUGAGGAACAAGGCUAG